AUGGAUACAUUAAUAUUAAAUGCUGGUCAUUCCCAACUCGAAGAGCAAUUAAAAAUUGCGGCCAAAUGCGGAAUGGCUGAACAGCAGGGUGUUGAUGAGGAAAUGGAAGACGAUGAUGAAUUGGUCGCCGGUGAUUCAACCGAAAAUGAGAAGACUUCAUGGGUUAAAGAUAAUUCGACGGAUUCGGCAACAUCAUCUGAUCGUAAUGAAAUAGCUGAAUCGCCAUCACCUUCAUCGAAGAAGAGAAUGCUUGGAGAUGAUCUUGUAAAAACUCUAAAGCAAAUAAGUAAACAGCAGACGACUCAUAUUGUUUCAAAUACCAGCCCGACCUUUUCCAGCCAUGUGGUUAAUUACCGAAGUGAGCUUAAGCGACCUGACUUAAAAGGAACAUUUCGUUGUUCGAUAUGUUCAAAAAUCUUUUGCCAUUCAUCAUCGUUAAGCAGACAUCGUAUGCAAGCGCAUUUUAAAAGUUAUACUUGUACUUUAUGUUGCAAGGAAAUUACAAGUAUUUUAUUUUUUAAGAAUAAUUUUUAUUUUUCUAUCAUUUAG